AUGGCCUUCAGCUUCGGAAAUCAAGGAAACGCCAUGCCCGGGAGCACUGCUGGAGGCGGAGGACUGAAUCAAGGCCCCGAGCUGGAGGUGAUCCAGACCGAGGCGCUUGGUUUCAAGUCGAUCGCCGGCGACGCAAAGCUCCGGCUCACAUCCGCCUGGUCCCCGCCGCCCGCCGACACGGCCUCGCUAAUUAGUAUCGCCGCCCGUCGCGGCCUCGUCGCCGCCGCAGGCCCCGAUGGCAUCACGAUCGCCUCGACCGAAUCUGUGCGCAAGGGCUUCGAGGCCGAGAAGCAGGGCGACUCCGACGUCCGCGCGUUCGAGCCCCAGGGCAAGCUGCCCAUGCCUAUGAGGGUGUCGCAGCUCGCCUUCAGCGCCGACGAGAACUACCUGAUCCUCUCCGCCGAGAGCGGGGGCGGGCUCGCCGUUUACGAGGUACAGAGCCUGCUCCAGGGCGGCACGAAAGCUGCGUUCGAGCUUGCGACGAACGGCGAGACGCUAAGAGCUCUUAUCCCGAACCCCACGAUCGAGAAGGCGGAAUUGUGCGCCAUUGUAACGGACAACGGCAACCUGCACAUCGCCAACUUGAAGGAAAGGCAAAUCAGCAACUCGCUCAAGGCGCAAGUGAGCUGCAUUGGCUGGAGUACGAAAGGAAAGCAGCUGGUGGCGGGCUUGGCGGACGGCACCAUUUUCCAGAUGACACCCGAGGGCGAAGUGAAGGGCGAGAUCCCACGACCACCGAACGUGGCCAACGCUCACGUUUAUCACAUAAUCACAAGGAAGCUACCGUCAGAUUUCACGUUCCAGAAACUUUCCGACCCCGUCGACCCCUUUGGCGCCGAAAAGACCCCUCACCACUCCAUACUGAGGCUGAAGGACUUCCCUCCCAACCUACAGGACCUCCUGAUUGUGGCAUCUACCGCCUCGCCAGACAUCGGCCUCCUCAGCAGGGCCAAAUCGCCUCUGACAGCUGACCACCCAGUAGACACUUCCGGAGUCUUUACCACAACAGAAUUGGCCGAUGAUUCAAAACGCGCUUCUCUUCCCAUGAACGAGAACUUCGACAACACCAUUCCUAUUGGUGUCGCCCUUGAUCUCUCGAGCAAGGAUAAGGUUUACAAGCCACUCCCUGCAGAUGAGGAGAUUGAGGAUUCUCCUGGCCCGCUGCCGGGCUUGUGGGUGCUGAACAACGAAGGCGUGUUAAGCUCAUGGUGGAUUGUAUACGAGGACUCCAUCAGGCAAGGCACCACCUAUCCCGGCAUGGCUGCACUCGACACCUCUGCGCCACCGACGGCGGCUGCGUCAACACCGGCAUCGACGGCCGCCCCAACCCCGAGCAACUCAGCUUUCGGCGCCCCUUCGAGCACGCCCGCUUUUGGCUCAGCGUCUUCCUUGGGCUCGACCCAGAAGCCGUCACCCUUCAGCACCAGUGGGUCCAAGAUCCCCACAUUCGGUGGCUCUUCGACACUCGGCGCGAAGACCUCACCUUGGGGCAGUGCGAGCACCCAAAGCUCCACCACGCCUGCGGCCUCUUCCGGUUCCGCCUUCGGUAGCGGUGCCUUUGGUGGUGCCUCGACGACAUCCGGCUCUGCGUUUGGCCAACCUUCUGCCCCUAAGUCAACAUUCGGCAGCGGUGGCGCGUUUGGAAGCCCCUCCGCCGCUUCUUCAGGCCCUGCGUUUGGCCAGCCUUCAUCGAUUGGCUUUGGUCAGUCGUCGACGCUAGGACAGAAGUCAUCACCAUGGGCGUCAGGGGGUGCAUCUGGCUCGACUGCGGCUGCAUCACCGGCGUUCGGUCAAUCCAGCUUUGGUGGUCUUGGCAAUGCUGCAAACAAGAGCCCCUUUGGCGGUGCAUUCAACUCAACCCCUAAGGCUGCCCCUGCCUCUGGAGGGUUCGCCAGCUUUGCCACAUCUGGCGGCUUUGCUUCGCUUGGUAAUAAGCCCAACGAGGGCGGAAGCGUAUUCUCAGGCAAACCCUCGUCAAGUCCCUUUGGCUCAGGUGCUCUGCCUUCCACAAUAUCAAAAGAGACGGUAUUCCCACCGCCGAGUUCGAGCGGUCCUGCGACUAGCAAUCCAUUUAGCCAGCCGUUCAAGCUGGGUACUACCUUCAAGGCCGACCCCUCUGCGAAGGACGAUGACGAGAAACCCUCUACCCCUGGUGCUAGCGGAUCCUCCCUAUUCGGCAGUAACUUCGGUUCUGCCCUUGGAGAUGCUGAGAAGAAGACCCCUCCCAGGGAUCAGGGAAUGGACACGACAGAAGAGACACCUAAAGCGAAGUCGAUCUUCAGUCUCGGUCAGUCCACCACCCCGACGACAACGCCAGCGCCCUCCAAAUUCGGGUUCCCGUCAACGACGACUACAACUUCGGCCCCCAAGAGUGGUUUGUUCGGCUUCCCAUCGCAACCGACAACGGGAGGGCUGUUCGGCUCCGCGAAGCCUGCCGAGAAGACACCGGACAUCAAAGUCGAGUCCGAACACAAGCCUUUGGGCGACGCGCCUCUGCCCCCCGAAUCAACGAGCAAGAACGAGUACCCUCUAGGAGAAUCAUCUUCUUCGUCAGGCACCGGUAACGCUCCUUCAGAUGGUGGAAGUAAAGCUUCGCCCAAGGUGGACAACGCGCCUCUGCCUCCCGAUUUCCUGUCGAGGCCAAAGGCCACAACAACAGAAGAGGCCACUACCGCACCGCUGCCGCCUGAUUUCCUCAAGCCUUCCAAGCCUCAGGGAAGCACCACUCCAGUCGAUGAGGCGCCACUUCCACCUGACUUCCUUACGCCCAAGCCCGGAAAAGCUGCGGAGUCCACCACGCCUUCUGAGGCGCUGCCAUUGCCGGCGGACGACGCCAAAUCCUCUGCUGAGCCGGAGCCAGAAAGGCCCAAGUCCACAGCGCCGGCCACUGCUCCCGACUUCUUGAAGAUGCCCAAGCAGUCCUUGUCCUCGGCAACCUGGUCGUCCACGCCGCAGAGCACCACGCCUGCAGUUGACGACGCCCCACUGCCCCCGGAUUUCUUGGCCAAGCCUAAGGAGAAUGUUCUGCCUACCAUACCGACCAUCCCUGAGAGUGAACACGAUAGCGAUCUUGAAGAGGACGAGGAUGAUGAUGAGAAUGAUGGUUCUGAAGGCAGCGGCGUCAUGGUCUCCAAGGACCUUAGCCCAUCCAUGACGGCGAUGACUCCUACGGCUGGCAUGACCCCGCAGAGCUCUUUCGGUGGAGUCAGUAGCAGUACCUACUCAAUCCCGCGCACGGAGGAGGAGAGGCCACGAGCAUCAUUGUUUGGUGAUCUCAGCCGCAAUGCCCCCGUGUUUCCUCGGCCCUCCCAAACUAGCCCUCGGUCUCCCAGUCCCGUAAGAGGGGGCGCUAUACCAGGGCGCAUGCUGCGCCAGGAGUCAGCUCGUUCGGUUAGUGCCCCGGGCAUGGCCUCCCAGAUUCUUGCGGCCCAGAAGAAGCAGCCGUCGCAGAUGGGCUCGUCUAUCGUCAGCAAUAAGCCCGCUGAAGAUCACUUCAUCUCGCAGCAGAGACUUGCGCGUCAGAGACGCCAGGCUGAAGAGACCAAGACGCUAGAGGACGAGGAGGACGACGAGAUUCAAAAGAUACUUGCGUCCAAAAUCGAGCCCUCGCUCAAGCUGGACGACUUCAUUGCACACUCCAACGUCGUGCCGUCGGCCAAGGAGACUAUUCCAGCCCAGGUCGAAGCUGUGUACCGCGACAUCAACUCGAUGAUCGACACCCUUGGUCUGAACGCCCGCUCUCUGGCCAGCUUCCUCAUGGGGCACGACAUCGGCUUCAAGGCGGGUGGCCGACGCAAGGAAGACCUCGAGGAUCCCGAGAGCUGGGUCCUCUCCGAGAUCGACGAACUUGGAGAAGUCAUUAACAGAUCGUUGGCCCAAGAUCUUGAGGAAGGACGGGUUCACGAUGUCGAAGAGAAGCUUGAGGCUUGCAAUGAGCUUGCCCGCGAGAUGUCUCGCCUCCGCUCGAAGCAAGACGAUUUGAGGAAGAUUAUCAUGGUGAAGACGGACCCCGAACAGGCCGACCUCAGCCGCACACUGCCUCUGAGUGCCGAGCAAGCUAGCCAGCAGAAUGAGCUGCGUCGCGAAUACACCAAUUUCACGAAGCUGCUCGCCGAGGCCGAGGAGGCGCUGACGAUUCUGAAGACGAGAAUCGCCGCCGCAAGCAGUGCGUCUGGCAGGGGCAACUCCAACAUGCCUACUGUCGAGGCCGUCAUGCGCACCAUCAGCAAGAUGACGAGCAUGGUGGAGAAGCGCUCCGGCGACAUUGACGUCCUGGAGAACCAGAUGCGCAAGCUUCGGUUCUCGUCCGUCAACAGCCGCGAGGGUUCUCCGAUGGUCACGCCUCAGAGAAACAGCCGCUCCAUCAUGUUCUCGCCUGAACGGACGGCCAUGGCCUCGCCAGCUACCAUGCGUAACUCGCUCGUGUCAUCCGUAGCGUCGUACGGCGGCCGCGGCACGCCGCCCCGUAAGAAGCUGAGUGGCUUCAGCAGGGAUGAGAAGUCGGAUCUGAUGGCGAAGCGGGCCAAGCGCCAAGCUGUGCUGAACAAGCUCAAGGGUAACGUCGAGCGGACGGGCGUGAGCGUAUGGGCUAUGGAGGACGUUGAGUGA